AUGGCCGACAGAAUCCAAAACCUCAACAGUAGCCGCCAUGCUUCUUCUUCAACGGUGCGAAUCGUUGACAGCCAAUGGGAGGCGGAGAUAACAAGGGCAUAUGGGGUCGUUAAUAAGCGGCCGCGGUUCAUCGAGUCAUCGUCGCAGCCGCAGCCUCAAAGGCCGAUUCAGCAUGCACGAAGGAACCGGCGAACCACUCGAUCUACUGCGAUGAACCAAGAGGUGGAUAUGGUUCCCUUGGAAGUGGUGGAUUCCGAUUCCGAUUCAAAUUCCGAUCCUCAACGACUUGAGGCGGAAGACAAACCUUGCGCUGUCAUUAUCCGUUGUUGUGAUGAUGGGCAUACAUCAUGCUAUACUUGCCUAAUCCGUUCAGAGAACAAGUGUCCUUCAUGCAGCGUUCCAAAGGGCUUUAAUCAUUGUCGAGGAAUGGAAAAGCUGAUAGCAUCACUGCGAGUAGAGUGCAAGAACAAGAAGUUUGGAUGCCAAGAGAUAUUGAUGAACCACAAGAGAGCCAAGCAUGAAAACAUAUGUCCGCAUACAUUAUGUUUCUGUCCUGAUUCCUCCUGCGGCUUGGCCGCUUCUUGCAAGCUCCUGUACAACCAUUUCAGUCGCCAUCACUCUGCUAUUCAAUUCGUCUACAAUGCCGUCUUCAAUCUUCGUGUUGAAACAACCCAGAAGCACGUCAUUCUUCAGGAACGGAAUGAAAAGGUUAUCUUCAUCGUCAACCAUGAUGUUGUAGGACAUGGAAGAGUCUUCAAUGUCGACUGCGUAGGACCAGACACAUUUAAGAAUGGUUUUGUGUAUCGGCUGACUGUGAAAUCCAUGGACGCAUGUUUAUCGAUGGAGUGUGUACCCGAAGUCUCCACAAAGUGGAAGGAACAUACUCCUGAUAACAACUAUUUAACCAUCCCAUCUCGUAUAACGGGAUUCGGCCUGCAAGUGUGCAUCAAGAAAGCUCAAAAAGAGUCAUGGUCUUUUAAAGGAAACGGAUUUUAG